AUGAGGCCAGCCCCUCCCGGGGAAGAGACCGAGUCCCCGAUUACAAAAUCGGGGAAAGACAAUAAGAGAAAAAGGGCUUCGGAGUCCAAAGACUCCCAGGAAGAGAGGGCCCCUACUCGGAAGCUAAGGAGGAAACUUAUUCACGUGUAUGUAGAUUCACCCCUCCAACUUCUGGACGAUGAACAAAAUGAAGGCCAAGAAUCGGCGCUGGUGCACCGAACUAGGAAACCGGUCAAAGCCGCCAAGCCCUCCGAACUAGAGACCUUUCCUCGUCGUGAGGGAACUUCGAAGAAAGACUCGGGCAAAGCCCUCGAGUCCCCUGAGGUUGAGAUCAUUCCCCCGCCUUCAACAAGUACACCGGAAGGGACAAGUACCGAGAACCCCGAAGCCAAACAGAGCGCCCCGAGUGAGGAGCUCGGGGCCGUGACAAUAGGCUACUCCCCUUCUCUACCAUCUUACUCUAAGGAGGCGAUAAAGGAUGAUCGAGCUCUGCGAAUGCCCAACCCGAGAAAGGUCCUCGAAGAAGAUCCUUUUCAGGAUUGUUUCACUGGGGUCGAUGAUGUCGCCGACCUUAAUGACGCAUCUACUCUCUUCGAAGAGGCUCAUCGUCUCUUCUCUCAGGCCAUCAUCAAGUUCAGGUCCGAGCUGAGCCAAUGUGAGGCCGAGCUCAGGAAGUCCUCGGAUGAGGAGAAGCUACAGCAAAAGUUGGAGGUGAUCGGGCAGCUCCGGGGCGAGGUCGAUCAGGUUAAGACUGACUGCCACCGUUGGAAGGAGAACAUGGAUCAGCUUGCUGCUGAUAAAGAGGCUGCUCUAGCCCAACUGGACUCAGCUGAAACUCAGUUCCGAGGUAUCAAACCAAAAAAUCUGGCCCAAACCAAGAAGAUCGAGGAGCUCGAGGCCAAACUUGCUAAAGCUGGGGUCGAAGUUGCUGAAGCUAGGGCUAAAGUGGAGAGGAUGAAGGCCAAGGCUGAUAAAACCAUCAUCGUGUACUUAAGGGAAGCUGAGGCUGUUCAAGAAGAGCUAAGGGAGGCCUCUGACCGGGAAAAACAGAGUAAUGAUUUGGCCAAGUGCCAGUCCCGGAGGGAGACCCUCGAAGAAAUCCACGCUCGAGGUUUCGACCUCAUCGCAGAGGUAGCCCAAGCGAAGGCGCAAGAAAUCGAUGCCAGGUUUCUAGUUUAUUCUUAUGAUAAAGAUGUUGUUAGUGGCUCUAAGGACGGGGGAGAUGGAGAUGGAGCACCCGAGGAGGAAGCUCCCGAAGAUGCGGCUAUUAAAGAUGUGACUACCGAGGGUGCAGCUCCCAAAGUAGAUUAG